AUGCUGCGAGGGCCGCGGGCCCUGGCUCCGGCCUCGGGGCCGCCCCUCAAGGGGCUGCCCGCGAUGAGCCCCACGGAGCUGUGGCCGCCCGGCCUCAGCAGCCCUCAGCUCUGCCCGGUCACCACCACCUACUACACCCAGCUGUACCCGCAGACUGUGCCUCCCGCUGCGGCGCCGGGCACCUGCCUCGACGCCACCCCCCACGGACCGGAGGGCCAAGCUGUGCGAUGCGUGCCUGCUGGCCGGCUGCCGGCCAAAAGAAAGCUGGACCUGGAGGGGAUUGGAAAGCCUGUGGUCCCUGAAUUCCGGACUCCCAAGCGGAAGUGCAUUAAAGUGGAUGGCCUCCCCAGCCCCAAAACCCCCAAGUCGCCUGGGGAGAAGACUCGCUAUGACACGUCGCUGGGGCUGCUCACCAAGAAAUUCAUUUACCUCCUGAGCGAGUCUGAGGAUGGGGUCCUGGACCUUAACUGGGCUGCUGAGGUGCUGGACGUGCAGAAGCGGCGCAUCUACGACAUAACCAAUGUGCUGGAGGGAAUCCAGCUCAUCCGCAAGAAGGCCAAGAACAACAUCCAGUGGGUAGGCAGAGGACUGUUUGAAGACCCCACCCGGCCUGGGAAGCAGCAGCAGCUGGGGCAGGAGCUGAAGGAACUAAUGAGCAUGGAGCAGGCCUUGGACCAACUCAUCCAGAGCUGCUCUCUGAACUUCAAGCACCUGACGGAGGACAAGGCCAACAAGAGACUGGCCUACGUGACUUACCAGGACAUCCGUGCUGUGGGCAGCUUUAAGGAGCAGACGGUGAUCGCUGUCAAGGCCCCUCCGCAGACGAGACUGGAAGUGCCUGACAGGAGCGAGGUGAGAGGGGAAGCAUUUAGUGGAGAGCAGGGUUAGGAACAUUCCAGACAGCUCUGCAGUUUCCGUUCCUGGCACUGCCUAGUCCCAAGCUUCCCUGGUCCAUGCUGGUGGCCACGGCAAGACUGAUGGUCUCCGAGCUGGGGCAGAAGUGGCGGAAGCUGGAAAAGGCAUCAGGCAUUAGGUACCAGCCUGAAAAAAUCUCUGUUCCUGGUUCCUGUCCGCACCCCACCAGCCCCUGCAUUCCCAUGCACAUGCGCACGUGCACUCACGCACAGCAGUGUCAGUACUCACAGUAAUCCUUCCACGUUGACCUAGUUUAAAGACCAAAAUUCUUACACUCCCUAUGAGGCUGUCUGUGCUCCGACCUCACCCACCUCCUCUCGCAUGCUGACCCCGU